AUGUACACCCUAGAUAACGCGACGAAGCUGUUAUCAAUUCUCAACUUAACAACAGUAUACGGAGUACGUGUACUGAAAGAAGACAUCGGAAAGCGGCUUCUCAACUACCUACUCCGCAUUCUGAUUCUCAUGGUGCCUGGGGUGACACUUGCUAGACGACGUUGCUGGCCACCUACGACUUUCUCGAAUGAGGAAGUCGCAAGUGGAUGUGCGGAGUUUGAGACAUCUGGUUCAGCUGUGACUCAGCCCAUGACGGAGCUGGCGUGGCCAAGUUUGCCAAACGGCUGGAGUGACACAAGAGUGGCUGCUUUCAUCACCAUCGAAACCUGGAAGAUGAUGUGUGCUGCGUUGCCAAAUUCUUGUACUUGGAGUAGGGAAUUACAUUGGGAGUCGAGAUCGCAAAUCACCUCAUCAACCAACGACCUCUGGAAACCAUCGGCUUUUUGGAGAGACUCCAGAAGUCUGAAGCUCCGAGUCAGCCGCAUCAAGUCAAAUCCAACCUCUCCCAUUGGAAAGUUUGGUUGCAUCGAUCAGCCUCAUCGAUCGUGGAGAGAGUCGCGUGGACCCGUCCGCCCCAUCACCGACUUCUUUCCGGGCCACCACCUGGCACACGAUAAGUUGACCGUUCGGCAUACGUUCAACGACUGUUUAUUAUCAUAUCUGGCUUUCAGAUUGAACAGCGAGCUUGUAGCUGUAGGGGGUUCCAAUUGUUCUGGAAGGGCAUUGUGCGGCCGAGCUUUACAAGGCGUGACCGUCUUCUUCGAGUACCUACCCAAGAUGGAGAGAACGAGUCAGGUCAUGCAGCCUCUAUCACGAUGA